AUUGUCGGUACUGUGUGAGUGUGCGAAUGGCAGUUAACGGAGAACAGAAACGCAGCCCCAGAAGCCAAAAGAUCCCAUUAGCAGAUUCCAAUGUCCAAAACAUGGCGACCCUUUUAUCCCCAAGGUUCAAAUCUGCAGCUGCUAUGGCUGGUUGGGAUGAAGAAGCACUGUUAUUGGCCAGCCUCAUCGUUGAAGACACGCCAGUUAGAGAUUCCAAGCACAAGAAACGCUCUCUUUUGAGUUCCAGUUCGCCAUCCACCAACUCAUCAAGGAUACGUAGAUCUUGGAGGACUUCACAACAACCAAUCCCUGUAAUUCUUGAUCUUGAUGCAGAAGAAACUCCCAAAAAGGAAAGUGGGAGAAAGAAGAAGGUAGAAAGGGAUUCUGUUAAUAACGAGGGAAGAAAAGGAGGAGGGGAUGGGAAUGAAUCCAAAGAGAAGAACCCGGGUGCCCCUUCUUCUAGUUCUGCUUUACCCUUCAUUGAUAAACUUAGGGACGAGCUUUCCUGUGCUAUUUGUUUGGAAAUAUGCUUUGAGCCAAGUACCACUCCUUGUGGUCACAGCUUCUGUAGAAAAUGUCUACGAUCUGCUGCAGACAAGUGUGGCAAAAAGUGCCCCAAAUGCAGGCAAUUAAUAAGCAAUGGACGAUCAUGCACUGUAAACACAGUCCUCUGGAACACAAUCCAGCUGCUGUUUCCCCAAGAAAUUGAGGCAAGAGAAGCAGCCGGCUCCUUGAAGAGUCGCCAACAAGCUCAAAAUCUGAGUCCUGAAACAGCAUUUUAUGCUAACCUAAGGAAUACAAGCAGAAACAAUUCAAGGAAGAGUGUGGCAGUGACAUCAACAACACAGGAGGAUGAGGAUGCUGCAUUGGCUAGAAGGUUACAGAGAGAAAUUGAUGAAGAAAGCCCGGGAACAACUCGAAUGAGGACAAGAAGAGGGGUUUCUACUAGCCAACAUCAGGAUGCAGCUUUGGCUCUAAGGUUGCAGAGAGAAGAGUUCAUCCAAACUUUUAGGGGGAGUAACCCGGAAAGGCUACCUUCACCAUCUUUUGCAAGAGCAAAUUUGAGGGCUAUGGCCUCAAGAGCCAUGAAUCCUAGGACUCGUGACAGAAGAAGAUAAUCCUAGGGUAAAUGUACGGAAAAAUAUUUUGAACCAUAGAGACCGUUGUAACUGUUUUAGUUAAUUAUCGUGAUCUUUGUGUAUUUGGUUUUCAAACUGAACUGUGCAAACUCAACAUAGUUAACUAAAAAUUCUGAUUUUAGAGAGACUGUUGUAUUGAUGACCAUGGAGCAUUUUAAUAAUCAUUUAUAUUUUAAGUGCAUUGUUUUGGUUUUGAA